AUGAAGUUCAAGUCGUGUGAACAUAAGUACAUGAUGAAAGCGAACAACGACACUUUGAUCAGCGUCACAGAUCUAGAUGGAUAUGAUUUUCCCAAACACAUGUUCAAAUUUAAAGAUUUUGGAUCGUUGAAAGCUCCUGGAGGAGUGGAUUGCAAUCGGCUAAUUGAUUUGAUUGGCCGUGUAGUUUCCAUUACUGAGCCAAAAACUAUCCAAGUUAAUUCAAAACCCCAAAGGUUGAUUGAUUUUGUCAUUGAAGAUUCUCGGGGGAGUCGGCUCACGAUUACUCUGUGGGAGGAGCACGUGGAUUCUGUCUUACCUUACUAUAAUGCUGAUUUGACAGAUCCACUGUUAUACUACAACUGUGUAGAGCCAGACAGUGAGGUUAGAAUAUCCAGUUCCUACACUGCAACAAAGAUUCUGUUCAACCAUGAGUGCCCUGAGUUGCUCAAUUUCAAGGAGAGUAUGCCUAGGUUCUUUACUCCAAUACGAAGUAUAAGCUCAAGUUCAAGAAUGAUUGGAUCUGGAUCGUUGGAAGCUUUAUCGAGUGAAAAUGUCACAAUUACUUCUUUGAAGGAUAUUUAUGAUGACAAGAAGGUCGGUGAAUUUUGGGUACUUGGAGAAAUUCUAGGCAUAGAAAGCGAAUGGUACUUCAAGGCCUGUAAGAGUAAGGGGUGUGGGAAGAAGCUUCAAGACUACACAGACAGAAUGUAUUGUAAGGCAUGCGAUAAACACUGGCCAGACGGAAUAAUUAAGUACAAAGUGGUGAUUGAUGUCCUGGAUGAUGACCAGGAUGGCCAUCUUCUACUUUGGGACAAUAUUUGUUCGACACUAUUAGGAAUUACUGCUGGCAAGUUAUUAGAAAAACAUUCUGAAGAUGGUUGCUUGCCCAAUGAAAUUGAAGGCUUGAUUGGGAAGACAAUGAUGUUUAGGAUUGUCACACGAAAGGACCAAUUUAAAUAUAGUGGUAAUGCUUCUUUUACCGUGCUUAGAGUGGAAAAAGAUGAAGCUAUCGUGCAAACUUAUCAAGCCAAACUACUGAAGAAAGGUGAUGAAGGAACAACGGUUAAGAAGCUUGGUGAUGAAAUUGAAUUCAAUGACAAUUUAAAACAACGUAUACCACCACUGGAAGCUACAUCUUCGUCACUCCCAGGAGUCAUCUUGGUUGAUGAUAGCACUCCCGAGCAGCAGUGUUUAAAGAGAACAAAUGUAGAUUGUUCAUCAUCUUCAAAGGGUAUGAAGAGGCCUAAGAUUGAGCCCAAAAAUUAA